AUGGCUCGCUUUGGGGAGGCGGUGGCCGGCAGGCUGGGCUCCACAGACGGGGGCUCCGACCAGAACCGGAGCCGGCAAGGACCUCCUGCCCCUGCGGGAGGGACCCCGGGAGCCUUCAAGCAAACCAAAGCGCAGAGAGCCCGGACUAUGGCUCUGUACAACCCCAUCCCUGUCCGGCAGAACUGCUUCACCGUCAACAGAUCGCUCUUCCUCUUUGGGGAAGAGAACAUAGUGAGGAAAUACGCCAAGAAGCUCAUCGACUGGCCUCCCUUUGAGUACAUGAUCCUGGCGACCAUCAUUGCCAACUGUAUUGUGCUGGCCCUCGAGCAGCAUCUCCCUGAGGAUGACAAGACGCCCAUGUCACGGAGAUUAGAGAAGACGGAGCCCUAUUUCAUUGGGAUUUUCUGCUUCGAGGCUGGCAUUAAGAUCGUGGCUCUGGGCUUUGUUUUCCACAAGGGCUCGUACCUGCGCAAUGGCUGGAACGUCAUGGACUUCAUCGUGGUCCUCAGUGGCAUUCUUGCCACUGCUGGGACACACUUCAACACCCACGUGGACCUGCGGACGCUGCGUGCUGUGCGUGUGCUCAGGCCUCUGAAGCUUGUCUCGGGCAUUCCCAGCCUGCAGAUUGUGCUGAAAUCCAUCAUGAAGGCCAUGGUGCCUCUCCUCCAGAUCGGCUUGCUGCUCUUUUUUGCUAUCCUCAUGUUUGCCAUCAUCGGCCUGGAGUUCUACAGUGGGAAGCUGCACCGAGCCUGCUACACAAACAAUUCAGGUGAACUAGAGGAGCUGGACCCCCCCCAUCCAUGUGGGGUGCAGGGUUGCCCCCCAGGCUAUGAGUGCCGGGAGUGGAUCGGUCCCAACGACGGGAUCACGCAGUUUGACAACAUCCUCUUUGCUGUGUUGACCGUUUUCCAGUGCAUCACCAUGGAAGGGUGGACCACAGUCCUGUACAAUACCAACGAUGCCUUAGGAGCCACCUGGAACUGGCUGUACUUCAUCCCCCUCAUCAUCAUUGGAUCCUUCUUUGUCCUCAACCUUGUCCUGGGAGUGCUGUCGGGGGAGUUUGCCAAAGAGCGUGAGCGUGUGGAGAACCGCCGGGCCUUCAUGAAGCUGCGACGCCAGCAGCAGAUUGAGCGGGAGCUCAACGGCUACCGGGCCUGGAUAGACAAAGCAGAGGAAGUCAUGCUGGCUGAAGAAAACAAAAAUGCUGGAACAUCAGCCUUAGAAGUGCUCAGGAGAGCCACCAUCAAAAGGAACCGGACGGACGCCAUGAACCGUGACUCGAGCGACGAGCACUGUGUCGACAUCUCCUCUGUGGGUAACCCCAUGAGUCACUCUGGCCUCAAAGGUGCCAGAGUGGAUGGUGCCUCGUACCUACGACACAAGGAGCGGCUCCUGCGCAUCUCCGUUCGCCACAUGGUGAAAUCCCAGGUCUUCUACUGGAUUGUCCUGAGCCUGGUGGCUCUCAACACUGCCUGCGUGGCCAUUGUCCAUCACAACCAGCCAGCCUGGCUCACCCACUUCCUCUACUAUGCAGAGUUCCUGUUUCUUGGGCUCUUCCUCCUGGAGAUGUCCUUGAAGAUGUAUGGGAUGGGGCCACGCCUUUACUUCCAUUCUUCCUUCAACUGCUUCGACUGUGGGGUCACGGUGGGAAGCAUCUUUGAAGUGGUUUGGGCUAUCUUCAGGCCAGGAACCUCUUUUGGGAUCAGUGUCCUACGAGCCCUUCGUCUCCUGCGAAUAUUUAAAAUAACCAAGUACUGGGCAUCCCUGAGGAAUUUGGUGGUCUCGCUGAUGAGCUCCAUGAAAUCUAUUAUCAGCCUGCUCUUCCUCCUCUUUCUCUUCAUUGUAGUCUUUGCCCUGCUGGGAAUGCAGCUGUUUGGAGGCAGGUUUAACUUCAUUGAUGGGACGCCGUCAGCCAAUUUUGACACUUUCCCUGCAGCCAUCAUGACCGUGUUCCAGAUCCUGACUGGUGAGGACUGGAACGAGGUGAUGUACAAUGGCAUCCGGUCCCAGGGAGGUGUUCGCUCAGGCAUGUGGUCCUCCAUCUACUUCAUCGUCCUCACCUUGUUUGGAAACUAUACUCUGCUCAACGUGUUCUUGGCCAUUGCGGUGGAUAACCUGGCCAACGCUCAGGAGCUCACCAAGGAUGAGCAGGAGGAAGAGGAGGCCUUUAACCAGAAGCAUGCCCUUCAGAAAGCCAAAGAAGUCAGCCCCAUGUCUGCCCCAAACAUGCCUGCUAUCGAAAGAGACAGGCGAAGGAGACACCACAUGUCGAUGUGGGAGCCGCGCAGCAGCCACCUGCGGGAGCGUCGUCGUCGACACCACAUGUCAGUAUGGGAGCAGCGCACCAGCCAGCUGCGCCGGCACAUGCAGAUGUCCAGCCAGGAGGCCAUCAACAAGGACGAGCCUCCCCUCAUCAACCCCCAUGCCAGCAUCUUCCGCAGGAAGAAACCAGGCGAUGGUGUCACCCUGGAUAAAUGUGCCGAGGAGCAGGGCGGCAAAGGUGAGCGGCCGCCGGCCGAGGGCCCCGAGCAGCCAGCCCCAGGAGCCAACUCCAGCGCUGCUGAGGACAAGAGGAGCCCGUCACCACGGGCCAAGCAGGACAAGGAGCUGUGGCACCAGAAAGUGUGUUAUGGGAACUGUGAGCCAGGCGAACAGGAUGGGACGGGAGGUGGCGUUGAGGAUAGGGCCAGGAUGAGGCAAAGCCAGCGGCGCAGCCGGCACCGCAGAGCCCGCAUGGAGGGGAAGGAGCCGGGCAGCACCCUGGGGAGCCGCUCGGCCAGCCAGGAGAUGGGUCUGGAGGAGGCCAGCCCCAUGGAGGGUGCACAGGAUGGUGAACGCCAAGGGGACAUGGCUGCAGCGGAGGCGCUGAUCCAGGGCGAGCCAGAGGCGGGCGGAGAGCCUAUCAGGUUGGUACCCAGGGAGAACGUCUUGCAGUUCCCGCAGCUCGUUGCCCUCUCCCCUUAUCAUCUUGCACCUCUUUUUCUCCCACAUCCCUCAUCACCUGAGCCAACUCGGGGCAGCCUGACAGAGCAGGACUGCAGCAGCCUGGACACCAGCGAGCAGGCGCUGCUGGAGAGCAGCCACACGGUCAGCCGGAGCGAGCCCGACCUCUCCUCCGUCACCCCUAACACUGAGAAGGCCACGGAGAGCACCGCCAUCAUGAUCGAUGUCCACGACUCCACUGUGGUACAGAUUAGCAACAAGACAGAUGGUGAAGCCAGCCCCUUAAAGGAGGCCGAGACCAAAGAGGAUGAAGAGGAGCUGGAGAAGAAGAAGCGGAAGAAGGAGAAAAGUGAGACGGGCAAAGCGAUGGUGCCACACAGCUCUAUGUUCAUCUUCAGCACCACCAACCCGGUGCGGAGGGCUUGUCACUACAUUGUCAACCUGCGCUACUUUGAGAUGUGCAUCCUCCUGGUGAUCGCCGCCAGCAGCAUCGCCCUCGCCGCCGAGGAUCCCGUCCUCACCAACUCCGACCGCAACAAAGUCCUGAGGUAUUUUGACUACGUCUUCACCGGGGUCUUUACCUUCGAGAUGGUUAUCAAGAUGAUUGAUCAAGGCUUGAUCCUGCAGGAUGGCUCCUACUUCCGAGACCUCUGGAACAUCCUGGAUUUCAUUGUGGUGGUGGGAGCGCUGGUGGCUUUCGCCUUGGCGAAUGCGUUGGGGACUAACAAGGGCCGGGAUAUCAAGACUAUCAAGUCUCUCCGUGUACUACGGGUCUUGAGGCCCCUGAAAACCAUCAAGCGGCUGCCCAAGCUGAAGGCCGUCUUUGACUGCGUGGUGACUUCCCUCAAGAAUGUUUUCAACAUCCUCAUUGUCUACAAGCUCUUCAUGUUCAUCUUUGCUGUCAUUGCCGUCCAGCUCUUCAAGGGGAAGUUUUUCUACUGCACGGACAGCUCUAAGGACACGGAGAAGGACUGCAUAGGGAACUAUGUCGACCACGAGAAAAACAAGAUGGAAGUGAAGUGCCGGGAAUGGAAGCGCCAUGAGUUUCACUAUGACAACAUCAUCUGGGCUUUGCUCACCCUCUUCACAGUCUCCACUGGCGAGGGUUGGCCCCAGGUGCUGCAGCAUUCGGUGGACGUGACGGAGGAGGACCGUGGGCCCAGCCGCAGCAACCGCAUGGAGAUGUCCAUCUUUUAUGUUGUCUAUUUUGUGGUCUUCCCUUUCUUCUUUGUCAACAUUUUUGUGGCUCUCAUCAUCAUUACGUUCCAAGAGCAAGGAGACAAAAUGAUGGAGGAGUGCAGUCUGGAGAAGAACGAGAGGGCCUGUAUUGACUUUGCCAUCAGUGCCAAGCCCCUGACACGUUACAUGCCCCAGAACCGACACACCUUCCAGUACCGGGUCUGGCACUUUGUGGUCUCCCCAUCCUUCGAGUAUACCAUCAUGGCAAUGAUAGCCUUGAACACCGUGGUGCUGAUGAUGAAGUACUACUCUGCUCCAUACACCUAUGAGCUGGCCCUGAAGUACCUGAACAUCGCGUUCACUAUGGUGUUCUCCUUGGAGUGCGUCCUCAAGAUCAUCGCUUUUGGCUUCCUGAAUUAUUUCCGGGACACCUGGAACAUCUUUGACUUCAUCACAGUAAUCGGUAGCAUUACAGAGAUCAUCCUCACAGACACCAAGCUGGUCAACACCAGCAGCUUCAACAUGAGCUUCCUGAAGCUGUUCCGGGCUGCUCGACUCAUCAAGCUGCUGCGCCAGGGCUACACCAUCCGCAUCCUGCUCUGGACAUUCGUGCAGUCCUUCAAGGCCCUUCCUUACGUCUGCCUCUUGAUCGCCAUGCUCUUCUUCAUCUAUGCCAUCAUUGGGAUGCAGGUUUUUGGCAAUAUCAAACUAGAUGAGGAAAGCCACAUUAACCGGCACAACAACUUCCGCAGCUUCCUGGGCUCCCUUAUGCUUCUUUUCAGGAGUGCCACAGGAGAGGCAUGGCAGGAGAUCAUGCUGUCCUGCCUGGAGGGCAAAGGCUGUGAGCCAGACACGACAGCGACAUCUGGGCAGAAUGAGAACGAGCACUGCGGCACCGACCUGGCCUAUGUUUACUUCGUCUCCUUCAUCUUCUUCUGCUCUUUCCUGAUGCUCAACUUGUUUGUGGCGGUCAUCAUGGACAAUUUUGAAUACCUGACUCGAGAUUCCUCCAUCCUGGGACCUCACCAUCUAGAUGAGUUUGUCCGGAUCUGGGCAGAGUAUGACAGAGCAGCAUGUGGCCGAAUCCAUUACACUGAGAUGUAUGAAAUGCUGACUCUUAUGUCACCACCGCUAGGCCUCGGCAAGAGAUGUCCUUCCAAAGUGGCCUAUAAGAGACUGGUGCUGAUGAACAUGCCCGUGGCCGAGGACAUGACGGUCCAUUUCACCUCCACCCUGAUGGCCCUGAUACGCACAGCCUUGGACAUCAAAAUUGCCAAAGGUGGUGCAGAUUGGCAGCAGUUAGACUCAGAGCUUCAAAAGGAGAUCCUGACCAUUUGGCCUCACCUGUCCCAGAAGAUGCUUGACCUGUUGGUACCCAUGCCAAAAAACUCUGACCUGACUGUUGGCAAAAUAUAUGCAGCCAUGAUGAUCAUGGAUUACUACAAGCAGAGCAAAGCAAAGAAGCAGCGGCAGCAGCUGGAGGAGCAGAAAAAUGCCCCCAUGUUCCAGCGCAUGGAGCCGUCCUCCUUGCCGCAGGAAAUCAUCUCGAACGCAAAGGCUUUGCCUUACCUCCAGCAAGACACCCUCUCGGGCCUGAGCAGCCGAAGUGGGUUCCCCUCGCUGAGCCCGCUCUCACCACAGGAGAUCUUCCAGCUGGCAUGCAUGGACCCAUCCCACGGGCAGUUCCAGGAGCACCAGUCUCUGGAGCCAGAGGUUAGGGAGUUUCAAAGAGUGCAGCCCUCUAACCGUGGCAGCUACCUUCCCGUGGACACUCAGGACCACACUGUCUCUGGGAGGGCCUCCUCCAUGCCUCGUCUGUCUGUGGAUCCCCAGGUGGUGACAGACACCAGCUCGAUGCGGCGAUCGUUUUCCACCAUCCGGGACAAGCGGCCCAACAGCUCCUGGCUGGAUGAGUUCUCCAUGGAGCGCAGCAGCGACAACACCUACAAAUCCCGCCGGCGCAGCUACCACUCCUCACUCCAGCUCUCGGCCCGGCGCCUCAACGCCGACUCGGGCCACCGGUCCGAUGGGCACCGCUCGGGCGGCAGGGAGCGGGGCCGAUCCAAAGAGCGCAAGCACUUGCUGUCCCCCGACAUCUCCCGCUGCAACUCAGAGGAGAGGAGUCCCCAGGCGCAUGACGAGUCGCCGGAGCGGCGGCGUGAGUCCCGGUCACCCAGCGAGGGCAGGUCACAGACACCCAACAGGCAGGGCACGGGCUCCCUGAGUGAAAGCUCCAUCCCCUCCAUCUCGGACACCAGCACCCCGCGGCGAGGCCGCCGACAGCUCCCGCCGGUGCCCCCCAAGCCGCGUCCCCUCCUGUCCUACGCCUCCAUGCUGCGGCACGCCGGGGACGCCUCGCCGCCCGCCGAGGAGAGCGAGGGGGGUUCCCCGCUGCUCUCCUCCGGCCUGGAGCCCAACGCCGCCGGCCCGACCGAGUCUUCCAGCUCCCCGGCGGGGAAGCAGAGCCGACAGUCCACCCCGCAGCGCUACAUCUCGGAGCCGUACCUGGCCCUGCACGACGACUCGCACGCCUCAGACUGCGGUGAGGAAGAGACGCUCACCUUCGAGGCGGCCGUCGCCACCAGCCUCGGCCGCUCCAACACCAUCGGCUCGGCCCCGCCGCUGCGGCACGGCUGGCAGAUGCCCAACGGGCACUACCGGCGGCGGCGGCGAGGGGCAGGCCAGGGCGUGAUGUGCGGGGCCAGCAUCGACGUGCUCAGCGACACCGAGGAAGACGACAAGUGCUAGAAGCUGCCCCCCUAAA